UAUAACAUACAACCUCUGAUUUGGUGUAAAACUAGCGAGAAGGUUACACAACCUUUGCCUGCACUAUCCUUAAAAAAGAAAAAAAAUGAAAAUCCUCAACGAUCCCCAAACACUAUUUGCUGUAAUGCACAUAAAAGGAGUGAAAAAGACCAUAAAUAAAUAAAAAAAGGGAGAGAAAUCGAGAAUUCCCAAAAGCCAAAACCAAAAAAAUGUCCAAAACCCCAUUCUUUUAACCCAAUUGAAUUAAUGGGUUGAAUCCAAGGAAAAUAACCUGCUUCUUUGGUAACCUCUGCUUGCAUGCACAACACUUUGCUAAAACUUAGCUGUGGUGGAGUUGUCAGCAAAACAAAUCCUUCGCGGGUUUAAUAAAUACCAUGUUGCUCUUUUGUUUCUGGUGUGGGUUUGAGUGAAAAGUCUCUGAAUUUACAGAGAAAGUGAGAGUCUUUUGUGAUUUUGGUUUCUGGGGUUUUGGUUUUCGUGGUUGAAAGAGUGUUAAAAUGCCUUACAGUGAGACUGAGCUUCAAGAACGGCUCAAAGAGGCUGGAAAAAGUCUCUUAAACCCUCCAUCAUCUGUUAAUGAGCUUCUUGACUUGCUUGAUAAACUUGAGCGUUUCCUUGCAAAUGUGGAGCAAGCACCACCAAGAUCAAUGCAAGAUGCUCUUUUGCCUACAAUGAAGGCAUUAAUCUCUAGUGCCCUUUUAAGGCACUCAGACGAAGAUGUAAGGUUUGCAGUUGCAUCUUGCACGAGUGAGAUUACAAGAAUAACAGCACCAGAUGCUCCUUACAAUGAUGACCAAAUGAAGGAAAUUUUUCAAUUGACAGUAGCAUCUUUUGAAAAAUUAUCCCAAACAUCCGGUCAUUGUUAUACAAAGGCAGUUUCUAUUCUUGAGAAUGUAGCAAGGGUGAGGUCAUGCUUGGUGAUGCUGGACCUGGAGUUGGAUGAACUAAUUAUAGAGAUGUUCCAACACUUUCUGAAAUUCAUCAGGUCCAACCAUCCAAAAACUGUAAUCUUAGCCAUGGAAACAAUUAUGACCCUGGUCAUUGAUGAAAGUGAAGAAAUCUCAGCAGAGCUUCUCACUCUACUUUUAGCGAGUGUAAAAAAGCAAAACCAGAGUGUUUCUCCUAUGGCAUGGGAGCUUGGGGAAAGAGUUAUCACUAAUAGUGCUGCUAAACUUAAGCCCUAUCUCAAGGAAGCAGUGCAGUCUACAGGCAUACUUUUGGAUGAAUAUGCUCCAAUAGUUGCUUCUAUAUUCCAAGAUGACUCUUGCACACUCGAAGGUGAUUAUAGCAAUCGUUCUGGGGAACAUUUGGGAUUAUCACCAAAUGCUGCUUGCCAGGGAGAGAUUUUUGAAGGCAAGGAUGUGAUUCCGAAGUCAAAAGCAAGCAAAGGAACUGCUUCAACUAGAAAUGCCAGGACUGUCAAAAAGGAUAAUGCUUCAAAAAUGCUAGACCCUUGCUCUCUUACCGAGCAUUCUAAAAGCACUGAUGCACAGGACAAAGCUGAACCUAAAGUCAGGUUAGAAAAGGAGCCAAAGACCGUUCCAAGUAAAAGGGGCUGGAAACCUAAUUCUUUGAUGAAUCCAGAAGAAGGCUACGAUCCUUGGUUUAAUACAGGAAGAAAAACUACUAAACUUCCCCGUGAAAAACGUCAUGAUAAAGGCACUGAUGUUUUACCCUCAGAAACUCCAGUUUCCAAGAAGGUAGCUUUGUCAUUAAAACAUUUGAGUGUGACAAAACCAACAGGAUUUACCCCAAAAACUGGUCAAAUCUCAGGGUCUUCUUCCCUAUCACCACAGCAACGGAUAUCUGCUGGAAGUCAUCCUAAAAGCAGCCGACCAAAGAAAAAGGGAAUCUGCAUGAAUGAAGAUGCUGAUCCAAGUCCUUUAUCGUUGUCAAAGAGUGAAAGCUUGAGUGCUCAGGUUGAAGAGAAAGCUCCAGAACCUGAUGAUAUUAUUUGGAGAAAGCGUUCUAAAGAAACAAGUGACUCAGAAGCAAAGAAACAAAAGCACUUAAGAAAAGUUGGACUUGGCUCAAAGAUUACUAAGAAGAUAUCUCUAUCUUCUGGACAUGUCGUAUCUGCAAAGAAAUCAGUUGUCCUAAGUGAACCUGAGAAAAAGCCUCACCAUCAGUCAAUUGUGAUUGCGGUCAGGAGAUUUAAUAAGCACAGCUCGUCAGUCCCAACAGACACGAAAAAGAGAAGGUCGUUGGAUGGUACAUCAGAUGAGGAUGUUAAGGAAGCAUUUAGAGAUAAGAAGGUUAAAUCAUUACACGGGGAAGGAAGUUACCUGGAAGAAACCCCGAAAACAAAACUCAAGAGGAAGCGUACUCCGAGGAAGGAAGUGUCUUCUGAAACUCCUGAUCUCAGUGAGCAAUUGGUUGGUAGCAAAAUAAAGGUUUGGUGGCCAAUGGAUAAGAGGUUCUAUGAAGGAGUUGUUGAUUCCUAUGACCCCAUCAAAAAGAAGCACAGGGUCUUGUAUGCUGAUGGGGAUGAAGAGAAGCUUAAUCUCAAAAGGCAGCGGUGGGAACUAAUUAAAGAUGAUAGUUUUCCAGUUCAAGAGCAGGAGAUUGAUGUUCCAAAAGCUGCUACUUCAUCUGACGUACUGCAAAAGGCCAAAUGCGAGACUAAGUCAGAGUCAAGGAAGAGAUCAAAGGCUGUUUCAUCCUCGAAAAGAAGCAGAGCUGCCAUCAUUUCCAAAACUAGAGCUAGAAGAUCUGCAUAUGGUGCUGUGCCUAACGAACCAAUUAUUGUCAACAAACCUGCGGAUCAUGACACAUCUGGGUCAGAUAGUGGUUCAGAAGAUGAUGGGAAAAACACACCAGGGCAAGAUAGCGGUUCAGAAGAUGAUGGUAAAAACACUUCAGGGCCAGAUAGCGGUUUACAAGAUGAUGGUCAAAAUUCUACUGUCAAGUUGAAGAUCGACAAUCCAUUGACUGAUAUCAAGUCCAAGCAAGCAAUGCCAGAGACUGUAAAUCCAUCUGACAAUGGAAGUCUCAAAGCUGGUACCGAGUAUUGUAGCUUCAACUCUGAGCAGACAACUUCAGUCGGUGUGACACCAUCCAAAGAUGAAAGUUCCGAAGGGGAUGAUGAAUCUCACGGCUCGGAUGGAUCUAAUAGGGAAUAACAAGGGGAAGUGAGCUCUUCCUUUUCACCUGAAACUGCGUAGGAACUGGUAAACCUCGUGUACAGACACAGCGGACGGAGAGGCACAGGGAAACGUUGUGAGUUUGGUUUCGUUUAGAACUAGUGUUAGUUUUAGCGCCUCUGUUUUAGGCAACUGAAGGAUAUAUUUUGCGACCCUAGUGGAGUACAUGCAAGCAAUCCUUCGGCUUAGACAGGAACAAUGGUUUUGAUGGGGCUUGUAUUGUAAUGGAUCCCUCAGCCCAUGAAGUGUUUAGACCUCAAUUUGAUUGCAAUCUUAAGGGUGUUUUUGAAACAACCUCUGCCACAUUAUUUUAAAGACUCUGGAUGUUAUAACGUAUGCAUUUAUGAAAAGGAGGAUGUUUUGGCCUGCAAUGGUGUCAUGACAUGGCCAGGAUUUCAUACCUCGAUUUUCACUAUUCUACAAGA